ACGCCAUGCAAAUAUCCGGGGAAGAACAUUGCCUUCCAUGUAAAUGAAGGACCAACAGACUACUUGCUUUCCCUUCUGGUGGAGUUUGAAGAUGGAGAUGAGGACAUCGGAUCCAUGCACAUUAGAGAGUCAAAAGAAACUUUCAUUCCCUUCGAAAGUGAAAGCAAGGGCAGCUCGGCUCUAAAGAAGUUCCAAGGCCUAAAAAGCAAGUUCCACAGAGUGGACGGAGAUGAAGCACCUGUGGGGAGCAAAUUGGUGCAUAAUAGGGGGGCCCCUGAGAGUUUGGCGACGCUUUCCACCUUAAGAACCCUCUCAGCACGGGACGUGAUUCCAAGGAACUGGUCUCCUAAAGCCACCUACACCUCUCGCCUCAACUUCUACUUGAUCAAAAGAGAAGAACGUGGGGGGAUAAAGAAGGCGAUC